AUGUUUUCAAAAGGUAUUUGUGGUGAUAAACCAAGAGAAGAAAAUAAAAUAAGAGAUAUUUCAGUAACAAUGAAUUAUCUUUCAUUACCAGUACAAAAAUCAAAUGUGAAUAAACCACGAGCUCAAGUAAUUUUAGCUCCUCAGCAUGGUUUAAUGGAUUGGAUAAGAAAAACGAAUAAUACACCAAAUAUGUCUGGUACAAAUGGAAAAUUAUUAAGUGUUACAGAAGAUGAAUUAGCUAAACAUAAUAAAAAAACUGACUGUUGGACUGCUAUUUCAGGACAUGUUUAUAAUAUAACCCCAUAUCUUGAUUAUCAUCCAGGUGGUGUUGAUGAAAUAAUGAAAGGAGCUGGUAUUGAUGCAACUGCACUUUUUCAAGAUAUACAUUCAUGGGUAAAUUUUGCUUCUAUGCUUGAAAAAUGUCUUGUUGGUCGAUUGAUAACUAAAAAUAAUCAAAAAGAAACAUCAUUAACUAAAUCAAAAUCUUUACCAAAUCGACUUCGAUUUGAUUUUCGUCAACAAAAUUCCGACAGCUUAACACUUUUUAUAUAUACAACAUGUAUAAAUUUAACUGUUGAAAAUAUUUUUGUUUAUAUUGAAAAUUCAAAACAAAUUCUUAUUCUUGUUUUUAUUGAUGGAUUUAUUCAUACAAUAGCCAUAGAUUUAUUGGAAUUAAUAACAAAUGAAUUUACUGUUCGUAUUUCAUCAGAUAGUCGAACUCAAAUUGAAAUUGAUUUAAAUAAACAAAUUGAUCGAAAAUGGAAAUCAAUUGGAAAAUUUCUACCAAAUCAUUUAUCUAUUUGUACUGUACAAGAUUUUGACCCUAUAUACUUUACUGUAACUCUCAUUAAACGAACUCCAGUAACAUAUAAUACGGAUUGGUAUACAUUUUCAUUACCAUCGAAUGUUUUUAUGGUGCCUCCAAUCGGUUAUCAUAUUCGAUUAAGACAAGCAAAAGAUGGUAUAAUUAUUGUGAAACCUUAUACAGUAGUAAAUCGUUUAAAUAAUGGAGAAAAUUCAUCAUCGAAACAUACAAUUGAAUUAUUAGUUAAACAUUAUUUAGAUGGAAUAAUGUCGACAACGUUAGAAAAACUAAAUAUUGGUGAUACUAUUGAAAUGAGUUCAUAUGAAGGCACAUUUGAUAUUCAAAGAAUUGAUAUGUGUCAAACACUUAUUCUUAUUUCAGCUGGUACUGGUUUGACACCAAUGAUUCGAAUUAUGAAUUAUGUUAUUCAACAAACUAAUAAUGGAAAACAUAUAAAUGUAUUUUUAGUAUUUUUUAAUAGAACUGAAAAAGAUAUUUUAUGUCGAGAAGAAUUAGACACAAUAUCGAAACAAUUUAAAUUUGUUGUACAUUAUAUUCUUUCUGAACCUGAUACUGAAUGGACCGGUGAAACAGGUUAUAUUCGAGGCGAACUUCUUCAUCGAUUACUACCACCAUCACCAUCAAAAGAUCAUGACAUUCAAACACUUGUUUGUAUUUGUGGACCAAUAAAAUUUACAACAUUAGCUGUUGAAUUAUUCAAAGAACAAAACUAUAAUGACAAUCAUUUACAUGUAUUUCUAGCUUGA